AUGCGGGCUUUUCUAAAGGUUCUCUGUCCGAGCGUGCCGUCGAGCCUUUUGUUCGUUGCCUUUUUUCUACCUUUACCGGAUUUAUUCACAAGGGAAUGCAUACGGUGUCAGAGUACCCAUCAAACGGAAUUCGAAGUAAGCUGGACAAAGAAUGACCCCCAAAACCCACAGAACUGGUCCCUACCAUACAAAUUCUACGUCGUCUUCGCGAUGCGCUACGGUGAAACAGUGAUCAGCCUCUCCAGCACAUCCUACUCAGUCAGCAUUCCCGGUUUACAAGACGACUUCCACAUCACGAAGAUCACCGGACUCCUAGGCAUCACAACAUAUCUGCUGGGCUUGGCCGUAGGAAGCGUAUUCCUAGCACCAUUGAGCGAGACACUUGGUCGCCGUCCAGUGUACCUGAUGUCUGCGGGACUCUUCACGAUCUUCGUGCUACCGUGUGCUCUGGCUAGGAACAUCGAGACGAUUUUGAUCUCGCGCUUCGUUGCUUGUUUCUUUGGUAGUGCUUUGAUGUCGAACUCGCCUGGUUCUGUUAACGAUAUCGUCCGAGAAAAUCAUCGUGCACUGGCGUUCGGGUUCUGGUCUAUCGGUCCGAUUAAUGGGCCUGUUCUUGGGCCGAUUAUUGGGGGGUUUGUGUUUGAGUAUCUUGGAUGGAGAUGGACGAAUUGGUUGAUUAUGAUGAGGGGUGACCUGGCUUUGGUUUCGGUUGGCUCUGUUGAGGAAACUUAUGCUCCGGAAACAGGGAAUCCCAAGUGGUGGAGUCCUCAUGACACACAUUUACCGUUCCUGUCAUUUUCGAAGACCAACAUCAGUCGUCCUUUCAUCAUGUUGCUUAUGGAGCCUAUUUGUAUCUUCUGGGACUGGUACGUUGCCAUCGUAUACGGCAUCCUAUACCCCUGCUUUACCCCCGGCAUAGGCGGUCUCGCAUACCUUGGAAUAGGCUGCGGCACCCUAACAAUAAUAACCCUCGAGCCCCUCCUCCGCAGAUGGAUAAACACCCACCCCAAAGACCCAUCAACUGGCAAAAUACCCCCCGAAGCAAUGGUCCGAGUAACCUGCGUUGGCGCAAUCUUGCUUGCCGUACGUGAGGUAUGGUUCGCCUGGAAAUCCACACCAAAUGUACACUGGAUCGUGCCCAUUCUCGCGGGGAUACCUUUUGGAGCGGGUAAUGCGGCGGUAUUCAUUUAUAGUAAUAACUAUCUGGCGCAUUCGUAUGGGGUUUAUUCUGCGUCUGCGCUAGCAGAGAAUACGGUUUUUAGGAGUAUUAUGGGGGCUGUUCUGCCGCUUGCUGGGCCGGCGAUAUAUGAGAGGUUGGGGUUGGAGUGGGCGAGUUUUUUGCUGGGGAUGAUUGAGGCGGUUUGUAUCUUGAUUCCUUUUAUGUUCCUGUUCUAUGGGAAUCGGAUAAGGGAGAGGAGUAGUAUGAUUCGGAAAAUGCAGGACAUAGACCGGUGGCAAUAA